AUGAAAUCUCCCUCAAAAGAUUUUGCUUCAACAUAAAUUGAUGAAAAGAUGAGUUCCUGUUGGUAAUUCAAAAACAUUUCCAAUUUGCCUCUAACCAUCAGUUUUGAUAGAUUCAAUGUGUUUUCUGAAAAGAAAAAAACGUUCAAAGAGAUAGAGAUAGCGAAGAUGAAGAAUUUAAUCUUUAAGAAAAAGAAAAAUCAAACUGGAUUUUUGAUUGUCGAUAUAACAGAUUGUAUCAUUUCAAUAGUUGAAAAUAAUCAUAUUGGACAUGGUCUUCAAUUUACGAAGGCAAGUUUUUAGUUUCUGAUAUUCGGGUCUCAUAUUCUUGAUUGGUUUGAAUCAUUAAAAAAAUAUUGCUAUUAAACAGAAUUUAGUAACAAGUAUGAGUUAUUGAAUUUAAUCAACAGAGGAUCGUUAUACAAAUUAUACGAUGCAAUUAAUAUUUACGAAUAAACUAAUUAUACUGUAAAAGUAUAUGAAAAAUAAUUAUUAACAAAAUAAUCAGAUAUUGAUGCCAUCAAAAAAGAAAUUUCUAUCUUUAGAUUGAUGAAUCAUCCUGGAGUAGUAAAUUUGAUAGAAGUGUUUGAGAAUGAAUAAGGAUUCCUCAUAGUAUAUGAUUCCUUUGAAGGAGGCACUCUAAGUGAUAUGAUAAAAAAAUAUCAAAUUCCAGAAUAAUAGGCUAUUAAGAUAAUUUUUCGAUUGCUAGACUCUCUAAGUUAUAUUCAUGAAUAGAGUGUCCUACAUAGAAACUUGAAGCCUGAAAACAUUUUAGUAAAGAAUGUUUUGGCUCCAAAUAAUGUUUAAAUUAGUGAUUUUAGUCUUUCUGAUUUCUUUAGGAGGGAUAAUAAAUACCUCUUUACUCGUUGUGGUACACCUGGGUAUGUUGCUCCAGAAAUUCUACAAGAUAAAAGUUAUGAUUUUAAAGUUGACGUCUAUAGUUUAGGGGUCAUUCUCUAUACCAUGCUAUCAGGAGGUGCUUCUCCCUUUCCAACAAAAAGCUAUGAUGAAAGGAUUUUUCUCAAUUACAAUGGCCAAAUCGAUUUUUCAAUUAUUGAUGCCUCAUCUGAUGCUCUUGAUUUAUUAAAGUAGAUGCUUGAAAUCAAUCCACAGAAAAGGAUCAAUUCAUUUAAAGCAAUUUGGCAUCCUGUAUUCAAAGGUUUACAUAAACUGAAGAUUACUAGCUUAGAUUAAGAGAGAAGAAAUUCCUCGAUUAAAUUGACUAUUAAAUAAAGUCUGCCUCCUAAGACUCUUGAGAAUCUAAAAUUAAUCCCUUGUCCCAUUAACAUAUUGCCUCCUGCUUCAUUAUAAUUUUAGAGAAGACAAAAGUUUAGAAUUGCUAUGAAAAAUAACCGCCAGAGUCUAAGUAAAGCUUCAUCUCCAUUUAUGUCUCCAGGAAGAACUCUAUUUACAACGCAAUCUCAGAAACCACUCUUUUAAAAUUUAUUUGAAAAGGAAACUACAUAAAUUUAUUGAGUAUAUUUUG